UCUAUGGCCGGUUUAGCUAUGAUGCAGCAUAACAGAACAGGAAGAACCGCAGUUAACCAUGUCCUUUUCAUCCACAACUUCUUCUUUAGUUCACAGGUUCGGACAUCAAAGCAGUUUUCUAGUACUGUUAUUUAUUUUUACAUUGUCCUGUCUGAUUAUAUGGAUAUUUCUGAAUGAUGGUCACAUGCAACAGUUCCAGCCUUCGAGGCUCAGACCUCAUUCACAUAUGAAACGCAUGAUGGGAAUCAAUGAGGAAGAGUGGGAUAGACUACAGAAGGCUCUUGAUUGGCCGAGUCCAGAUCAAGAAAUCACUGAACUGAAGCUAAGCACAAGUCCAGUUCACACAAUAUUCUCUAUUGUAGGAUUCAAUAAAACAUACAGAGUUGGAGAAAAGAUUCAUGUUAUUAUCACAGCUAGAGAUCAUAACAAGAACUUGAAAUCAUAUGGAGGCGAUUUUUUCCAAGCAAAGCUUUUCAACUCAAAAUUAAAGGCAAGUGUUUAUGGGAAAGUUGAUGAUCAUCGUAAUGGGACGUACACUGUUGAUCUUCUGCUACCCUGGGAAGGUCAGGCACAAGUGUCUGUGAGACUGGUCCACUCCAGCGAAGUUGUGCAUAUUAUUAAAAAAUACAGGGACUCCUCAUUCCCACGUAGCCUUUAUUAUGGUUACUUUGAAGGGUCAGGACCAAAAGGAAUCAGGAUUAAAGAAAAAGUAGAAUGUAAUCUUAAAUGGGGCACAGAUGGAAGUUGGAUCAAAGGCAGCUGCUGCUGUGUGUAUAAGGAUGUAAAAACAGAAACGGUAUGGCAGUGUGAGAGACCAAAGCAACUUACCUGUGACAAAUUGGUGCAUCAUGAAAGAGGGGCUUUGAAAGACCCAUCAAAUAAAUUUGAACAAAAACUUUUUUCAAGAAAACUAACAAAUGUUGGUAUUCCUGGAGACAAACAAACCAUAAAUGUUGUUCAGAACACUACAAGCAAUGGCACAAUAGAAAGAUGCAGAUCUGGUUUGACUACACCAGUACCUGCAGGGUUUUAUUUUAAAGAUGUCUGGAAGUCUUUUGUAUGUAACACUCAGGAAUUCAAUCCUUCACAAAUGGGAAAUUGUCUUAAAAACAGGAUUGUUUACCUGUUUGGAGACUCUACCACAAGGCAGUGGUUUGAGUAUUUAGAAAGAAAUGUGCCAGGGUUAAAACGAAUGGACCUCCACACUCCUCGCACUGGUGGACCCCUAAUGGCUGUAGAAUUAAAAAACAACAUCAUUGUUCACUGGAAGCCACAUGGUGUUCCCUUGAGAUUCACUAAAAUGUUAAUUACAGAUCUGCAUUAUAUCAGCAAUGAUAUCGAUGAAAUAGCUGGUGGUGCUCAUGCUGUCAUUGUCAUCACAUUUUUUGCCCAUCUGGUUUUUCACCCACUAACAUUUUACAUCCAUGAAGUGGCCAAAAUUCGUCAGGCUGUUCUUGCACUGCUGAGCCGAGCACCAGCGACUACUGUGAUUAUCAAGUCUGGCAAUACUGGAGACUUUAAGAAUAUUUUUCAAAGCGACUGGCUUGCAUUGCAGUUGAACACAGUGAUGAAGGAGAUGUUCAGUGAUAUUAAUGGAGUGGUCUACUUGGACGUCUGGCAAAUGACUUCAUGUCAUUAUCUGCGUGAAAACAUUCACCCAGGUCCUGUUAUCAUUGCUAAUCAGAUAAACAUGUUUCUAUCAUAUGUCUGCCCUCCUUGAUAUAUAUUUACACAACUAUUAUACAUUUUUGCUGCUAUAUAAUACUAUGUACACACAGAAUAACAGUAACCUGAAUUGUGAUGUUAAUAUUCAUAAAAUCAGGAGACUUAAGUUGAAAAACAUGACAGUUAUGGCUUAAGUAAAUAUGGAUCAGGCAUGUUUUCGACUAUGUGUUAUUUUUUUAUUAUUUAUUAUAACUGUUACUAUUUUACAUAUUUAUAUUAAUUAGUAAUAUAAUUAAUUUGUGGGAUGCACAUCCAGGGCACAAAGCUCCCGUUCCACCACAUACCAAAGAUGCUCUAUUGGGUUAAGAUCUGGUGACUGUGGGGGCCAUUUUAAUACAGUGAACUCAUGUUCAUGUUCAAGAAACCAAUUUGAAAUGAUUCGAGCUUUGUGACAUGGUGCAUUAUCCUGCUGUAAGUAGCCAUCAGAGGAUGGGUAUGUCACGGGGUGAUUCAAGAGCAGAACUAAAAGUGGCAAUUAAUGGUUCCGCCUGGACGAGAAUCCGUGAUGCACCACUACUUCCUGGUUACUCUGGGCAACCGAAUUUGGGCUUCAUUGCAUGCAGGUGUGGAAAUAAGCGUGGCGAUCGAUGAUUGGGUGAAUCAAGGAAGGGGUAGAGUAUAAAAAGAGCAUUGAAGGAACAGGGAAGGAUAAGGAAAAGGGAAUCGUCGUGGAUCAACGAACCCAUGAGUACGCAUUGUUCCAGCUCUGGGAAUGUUUGUAUGAGCGGUGCCUGCUAGCACGACUUGAAACAGAGCAGCGGUGUGGAUUACGGUCGCGGGGUGACGCCUAUCCAGCCAUCCUUCACGUCAGCCUUUCUGUCUGCCAUCCCGGGUCUACUCCCAGCUCUCGUGGUGGUGUGGCCUUAUGUCACCGUGAGUCUGUGGAUUGCUGUGGGAGUGGAGGAAUUGGGCUGCAACGGCUGUGGACAAAAAGGAAGAGCUCGAUUAGGAAUACCCACUGCAAGUCACGGAUGGACACGAGCUGAGAAAGCAGAGCGACUUACCCCCCUGUCCCCUUGAGAGUCUAGGUGACUCUGGAGAUCCCGCUCUCCCUGGGCCGGAGAGUUAUAGUUUUAGUGUCCCCUUUCCC